AUGAAGUUCUCUGUUCUUUUCACGGCCCUCUUUGCUGCCCUCGUCACAGCUCAACACGCGAAAGGCGGUGGUGAAGUGUCUGCACAUGGAAAGCGCCAGCAUCUCGAAACGUGCCACACCACUGAUGCCCGCGAUUGCUGCUCGGCUUGCUGGGGUGCUUCUCACUACACUCAUAUUGACAUCCCAGAGUGCUGCGGCAAGUGUGGCUGCUAA